AUGGCGACCAGCUUCACCUGCAGAACAUGCUCACGCGCGCUGUCCAAGUCAAGCUCCUCUUGGCUACAGUCGAGGAACAAGACAAGUCUUCGCCGAGUGCAACGAAACUUCUCUACCACCGCACCGAGUCUUUACCACGCAUCGCGUAGCCUUCACGCGGAUGUCAGGCCUGAGACGAUCAAGAAACCAUAUCCCAAUGUCAAGUCCGGUGUGUCUGGGCUUGCGCAGAAGUUGCGUGAGAAGGCACCGUUGAUGACAGAGCCUUACGUAGCGUACGGCGCCACGAGGGAUCUGAUCAAAGAAUGUUCGAAACCCGGCGAAUACACGAUCCCCCAAGCCCUUCAGAAAGGUGCCGAGAUCCCCACGAUCGAGAAUGGUGUACACCUAGGAGAGGGUGUGGGAUGGUGGUACGAGACGCUCGGGCUCAAACCUACCUUUGCCAACUGGACGCAGAUCACCUUCAUCCACAUGUACAUGCUCCAGGUGCGAUUUAGAAUGCUGCCGCAAUCGCACGCCAGCGUGUGGAUCCAGCACCUGACUAACCACGCCUUCUACGCUGCCGAAGAUCGACUUGUGGUGUGGCACAAGUUCAACGCCAACUCUCUCCGCCAGAAGCACCUCAAGGACAUGUUCUCGCAAUGGCGUGCGGUCCUUUUGUCGUACGAUGAGGGUCUUAUGAAGGGCGAUGCCAUGCUUGCAGCUGCUGUCUGGCGUAACCUGCUGGGCGCCAAGGAAGACGUGGACUUUCAGAAGUUGGCUCAGAUUGUGGGCUACAUGAGAAGGGAACUAAAGAGGCUGGAGAAGGCAAGUGACGAUGAGGUCGCAAACGGACUGUGGAAGUUCAAGGGCGAUCCUGGGGAGGAGGCCAGCCUUGUGAAGCAGUCGAGCAGAAUGAUGACGGAGAACGGGAAGGCUUAG